AUUGAUAGAUUAAUUUCAAAAAAAUACAUAAAUAUUCAGAAGAGUACACAAGGAAUUAUCAACUACACCCCCUACCGCAGAAAAGUCAACUAACAAUAUGAGCGAUCCUCUGCAAGAAAGUCCACAAAUAACUUCUCUAAAAUUUAACAAAUUGCACAGCCCUAAGAUGAAAAGUGUGUAUUGGCGUUACUUUGGCUUUCCUAUGGGCGACGACGACUGCAUCAUAACGAAGCAGAACGUUGUUUGUACAUUGUGCCACAAGGUGUUAACAAAUCAUGGGAACACAACAAAUCUGCGGGCACAUUUGCAGUAUCGGCACAAGGAAGUUUUUGAUAUGCUGGUUCAGGAAAAUAACAUCGCAGUUCCGCCUAGAAAACCGCCUGCUCCAAAAAUGAUAACGAAAAUAAAGCGGGAACCCAAAAGACCUAAGAUUAAGAUGGAAUACUCGCCGCCAACGCUGCAUAACACAAUAUCAAACGAAUCAGCUGGUAACGAUGAGCACGACGAGCAGUCCAUUCUAUAUGAAUCGGUGGUACCGAUGACAUACGACGAUGAUGAUGUUAUUGAUAGUAAUCAUUUUACAAAAAUCGAAGUAUCAAAUGCCAAUGAUAUCAAAACAUCCCCAUGCAGUACCGAUCUAUUAACUGUAAACCGUACAGAGCGAAAGUUUUGCAUUACAACCAGCGCCAACAAUAUUGAAAAUGAGCUGGCCAUUGACGACUACCAGAUGUUGGAAGCAUUAGCCAAUCUGGUGGUGAACGACAUCAGAAAUGUAGAUACCCUGUAUGAUGAUGGAAUGGCCAAAUUCAUUCGUACUAUCUGUGGAAACAUUACAAUACCAGCGCUUAAAAAGAUUGAAACAUACAUUAAGGAAGUGCAUAGCGAUAAACAAACAAGUUUGGCCGAUCAAAUUAAAGUUCAUUCUCAGAUAAAGCCAUUUUCUCUGGGGUUCGAAAUUUGGGAAAAUGUCGAACAAAAACACUUUUUAUCUAUUUAUUUCAACUAUGCAACAGAUGCCCCAGACUUUAACUUGAUUACUCAAAUCUAUUGCACAAUCGAAUACAAUAAGUUUACUGUUAUUGACAACAUCUUUGAAGAUUUCAAUUUAAAUAACUGUACCGCUGCAAUUAUAAACUGUGACUAUGAUGAAUACCUUAAGCAUUUCUUAAACGAAAAAAAUAUUCCGGUAAUAUUGUCAUAUGAUACAGUAGUGAAUCACUGCAUUAAAAACGUAAUAGCUAUACCAGCCGUGGCCUCAAUUAUUGAAGAAGUAAAGGAUACCCUAAUGCGCUAUCAUUUGGAAAUAAGUGCCAAGGACGUGGAAAUUCCACAAAUAUCUAAUGAAUUUCCUUGGACAUACUAUGAACUGCUGAAGUUUUUCUCAGAAACUGUGUCCUGGCCAGAAGAUGUCGAAGCUUUAGUGACGUCGUCAAAAGUUAUCUACGAUAUUUUAGGAAAUUUGGCGAUUACAAUUGAAACUUUGAAAGGUGAAGACAUACCAUUGAGCAGCAUGCUUUCGCCAAUAACUUCUAAAGUUCUAACAAAGAAGCUUGUUAUAACGGAGGGAGAUGAUAAUUUCGCUGCAACCAUCAAGGACACCAUUAGCACAACACUUGACAAAAUGGUAUUGUCGGAUAUACAUUUAACAAUAUCGGCAUUAUUGGAUCCACGGUUUCAUCGUUUAACAAACAUUACCAAUUACAACACUUGUGUGCAAAUUCUUACCGAUAAAUAUGACAGAAUUGUGGAAUCCCAGGGCAUUUCUCCAAUAAAACCAUCAGGGAGAACAAGUAAUACGGGAGUAAAGUCAUCAACGAGCUCGAUGAUUAAAAAAUCAAAUUUAGAAUUAUUUUUCGACCUAACAGAAGGGCCUAUAGAGCAACCUGCAGCACAAGAGCCAAGUAAUGUAGAGACUGAUUUGAAACGUUAUCGCUCAGAUGUUUAUGUUUCUCUAGACGAAUCACCAUUCGUAUGGUGGAGUAAAAUGAGUCAUUUGUAUAGCUCAUUAAAGCAUUUAGCUGUCCAGUACCAAUGCCUCCCUUGCGUCGUUAAUAUGAAUUAUAAAAAACCAAUCAAGCAACAAAUCUCGGAACAUCAAAAGCGGUUUAUGUUGACCGGAAAUUUAAUAGAUGCAAUUUUAUUUCUGCAUUACAACUAAACAAACACAUCGGAUUAUUUUGUUGUGGAGUUUUUGUCUACAUUUAAAAUCUUAAUUAUCAUCAGUAGGACUACAAUUAUGGUAAUUUAGUUUUGCCUGUAUUUCUAAAAAUACUAUUUUAGAACGUUUAAAAUGGUUAAGUGCGUCAAUAUUGAGUAAUUAAUAAAACGUUGAAGGGAAGUUAAA